AUGGCCUUUGGCUGGGCCGAACUGCGCUCCCUCCUCCUCGUCUUCGGCCCAAUCCUCCUUCCAAAGGCAAUCUCAGCCUACCGCUCCAUCCGCACCGCCUCGCAACACCGCGCCGAGCCGGUUCCCCCACCCCCUCACGUCGCCCGCGCCCUCGGCGUGCUGACCGUCCUCGUCCUCUUCUACCUCGCAAAGACGCUCCCGCCCUUCGCGCCCGAAAACGUCUUCGCCCUCACCCAGUCCCGCCUCCAGAUCCCCGUCGACGUCCUCUUCACCCGCCUCGCCUCACUUCGUCCCGAUGGCCUCCUCACCCAGGCGGACGAGCGCCUGCGCGCCCGCUUCGUCAACCUCGAGUCCCGCCUGCUGUACCUCUACCUCGGCCCCGCCGCGCUCGCCGACUGCCCCUUCUGCAAGUCCGACGAGCCCAAGAGCUACUUCUACUACGCCUUGCCCGCCAUCGUGCUCCUCCACCUGCUGAACCUGGUCGUCAUCGCGGUGGUCACGUCCGGCACCAUCACGGGGCGCGACGGCGCGCGCUGGCGCAGCUACGCGACCAUGGCCGCCGCCGCCCUCUGCAUCGCCGACCUGAGCCUGGUGAACCAGUACGACUACUCGGCCAACGCCUCCGCCCUGCGCCUGCCCGAGAUCGACUUCUUCUACUGGAAGGCUCGCGCCCUGCGCUACGUCGCCCUCGCGCUGCUCGACGUCGGCCUCGGCGGCCUGCUGUUCCUCUCCAGCACCCGCCGCGCCUUCCUGCAGCCGCCCUCCGAGGCGGAGCGCGUCGAGGCGAGCAACCGCCUGCUGAACAGCGUCCGGAGCAAGAUGAACGCCCUCGGCAUCGUCAAGAACACCACGCUGAGGGACGAGGAGCUGAGGACCAGGAGCCAGGCGUACUGGUUGCAUGAGGUGCGGCUCGUCAGGGAGGUGAUGGAGGAGCGGGAGGUCAUCGAGGGGGUGAACAAUGCUCUCGAAAACCGUAUCAACAUCCAGACCAUCACUGCCGAUGCCGAGAACUAUGCCAACAGCGUGUUUUCGCCUCUGGAACAGGGCCAAGAGCAGGCGCAGUAG